GCCCGACGCAGGGGCAGGGAGCAGGGGUCCCUAAUGGCUGACGGGGCCCAGCCAGGUGCUGCUGCGCCCUUGUCCUUUCCCCAGCUGAGGCGGGAGGGCGGCAUGGAUGGCACCGUCCAGCCUCCUGCCGUCCCGCUUCAGCCGGGCGCAGGCUUCUCCUGUGCCACCCGCUGCGUGCUUGUUAAUGCUAGGCCAAGGGGAAAGGCUGUUGGCAGUGAUGACUGCUGCAGGAAAGACUGCCCGUUUAUUAAGGUGUGGCAUUGUGAAGAAGAAGAGAUGCACUGAUUGGUUUUUACACGGGGCUAGUGGAUCGGAGGGAGCUGGUAAUUCUGAAGAAGACCUAUUCAUCAUGGCCUGUGCUGCUAUUUCUGUGGGUUUUACUAUUCCUCAAUUACUGAGAGAUACUAGUAGAAUUUUUCCCGCUCAUUCUGCAUUGGUGGUGUUGAGGCACUCUGCUUUUUGUUACUGCACAAUGAAUGGCACAACAAAAUCGAACAUUAAAAUAGAUCAUCUGGAGAGAACAGCAAAUAAUUUUCGCCAGGAGAUGAUUUCACAAGCAAAAGUAUGUGGAAUCACCAAUGAAUCGGAGACAGUCAAAAGACUUCGUUUGGCUGUCACAAAUAAAGAUUUUACUUUCAAAGCAGGACAAUGGGUUGAUUUCUUUAUUCCUGGAGUUUCUGUAGUUGGAGGAUUCUCAAUAUGUUCGAGCCCUCGUCUGUUAGAACGAGAUGGAAUAUUAGAGCUGGCAGUAAAGCGUGCUGUUCAUCCUCCUGCUCACUGGAUUCACACUGAGUGUACUCUUGACUCGGAAGUGGCUCUGCGAGUGGGAGGUGAUUUCUUCUUUGAUCCUCAGCCUGAUGACCCCCCUGUAAAACUAGUGCUGAUAGCAGGGGGUGUUGGAAUUAACCCAUUGUUUUCUAUACUGCUGCAUAUAGCAGAUCUUCAUGAAUAUCAAGAGAGUAAAGGACAUGGAUACAAAAUGGGAACUGUGAAGCUGUACUACAGUGCGAAAAAUACAAACGAACUCUUAUUUAAGAAAAAUAUUCUUGGUUUGAUGAAUGCAUUUCCUGGAAAGAUCACAUGUCGUUUCCACGUUACCCAACAGAGUUCACAGAUCUGUAAAGAAAUUCAGCCAUAUGUCACAGAGGGAAGAAUAUCUGAAGAAGAUCUAGAAAAACACGUAUCUAAGGAUACUUUAUGGUACAUCUGUGGUCCUCCUCCAAUGAUAGAAUCUAUAUCCAAACUACUAGCAAAUAUUGGUGUUUCUAGAGACUGUGUUUUCUUUGAGAAAUGGUGGUAGUGAGAGCUGUUGAACAGAAAGUAUAUUAUUUUCAAUUUAUUUUGAUAAGUUAAAAUGUACAGAAAAUGGACUAUGAAUUAAUUGGAAGAUUUCACCCUAUACCUGAAGCCAUCCUGAAUCAUGAUGGUGUUCCCUAGAUUUAACUAUAAUGUAUCUUUAAUACAGUGCUGCUACUUUGGGCAA